AAAAUAUCAGAAUAUCAACUAACUUUUAGGCUGAACAUAAAAAUAUUAAAUAAAUAUAAAUAUUGAAUCCAAUUUAAUACUGUUAGUUACUAGACAACUUGUACUACUAUACUAGAUCUACGACUCAAUUUGUGUCUGACUAUAUAGUGUAUAUCUCUUGAUGUCUGUGUUGGUCUUUUGGAGGAAGAACCAAUAACAUACCAACAACUUAACAAGUGUAACAUAAUCACAUGUCAACAAACUAGACGUCUGACAUGUCAUUAAAACGGAGUGCAACAGCAGAUAAGGAAGAUGAUGAAAUAUCUACUGACGAUGAAGACUACACACCAUAUAUCCCUAUCAAACAGAGAAAGAAAAUGGAACUGCUGAAAAUAAAGAAAAAAUUAGGACAUGUUGCAGCAAUUAAAGGAGAAGAUCUGUUAAAGGCAGACAGUAGUGGAAAUGAAGAAGAAAAAGAACCUGUCAAAAAAUUAAUUAUGGAUGACUCAGAAAAUGAGGACAACAGAGAUGUUGCUUCUAAUGAAGAAAAUGAAAUUUCAGAGCAAGAUUUGGGUCCUUUGGCACAAGUGAGCCUUCUGGAUCAACACAGUGUUUUAAAAAAGAAAGCUGAAGCUCGUAAAGAAACCGACAGGGAGAAAAUUUUGAAGGAAGAGGAGAAGAUCUUAGAAAGUGUCGCAGAAAAAACAGCUUUGAUGGGUGUGGCUGAGUUGGCAAAAGGUAUUGAAUACACAGAACCUAUUAAAACAGGGUGGAGACCACCCAGAUUUGUCUUGGAACAGCCUCUUGAGAAAUGGGAAAAGCUUAGGAAAAAACACCACAUACUUGUUGAAGGGGAUGAUUUACCUCCCCCUAUCACAUCAUUUAAAGCCAUGAAAUUUCCUCAGCCAAUUAUUGAUGUACUCAAGAAAAAAGGCAUUGUAACUCCAACUCCUAUUCAAAUUCAAGGCAUUCCAACUGUGUUAAGUGGUCGAGACAUGAUAGGUAUAGCAUUCACAGGAUCAGGAAAAACAUUAGUCUUUACCCUGCCUAUUAUAAUGUUUUGUGUAGAGCAAGAGAAGAAGCUGCCUUUCAUGAAAAGGGAGGGACCAUAUGGGCUCAUUAUUUGCCCUUCACGUGAGCUGGCGAAACAAACUUUUGAAAUCAUCAAAUUAUUUGGAGACUGUUUAUCAUCAGCUGGGUACCCAGCUCUUCGUCCUGUACUGUGCAUUGGUGGAAUGCCUGUUAAAGAACAAAUGGAUACAAUCAACAGAGGUACACACAUAAUGGUAGCCACACCAGGUCGUCUAAUGGACAUGCUAGACAAGAAAAUGGUCACACUUGAUGUGUGUAGGUAUCUGUGUAUGGAUGAAGCUGAUCGCAUGAUUGACAUGGGGUUUGAAGAAGAUGUCAGGACCAUUUUUUCAUAUUUUAAGGGACAAAGACAGACUUUGUUGUUCUCUGCUACAAUGCCCAAAAAAAUCCAAAACUUUGCUCGCAGUGCUUUAGUGAAGCCAGUGACUGUUAAUGUGGGCCGCGCUGGUGCAGCUAGUCAAGAGAUUACACAGGAAGUUGAAUAUGUCAAACAGGAAGCAAAGAUGGUUUAUAUUUUGCAAUGUCUCCGCAAAACAGCUCCACCAGUGCUUAUAUUUGCAGAGAAAAAGCAAGAUGUUGAUGCCAUUCAUGAAUAUUUAUUGUUAAAAGGUGUAGAAGCUGUUGCUAUUCAUGGUGGAAAAGAUCAAGAAGAAAGAAGCAGAUCUGUUGAAGAGUUUAAAAGAGGGGAAAAAGAUGUGCUAGUUGCUACAGAUGUUGCUAGUAAAGGUUUAGACUUUGAAGGAAUUCAACAUGUAAUCAACUAUGACAUGCCAGAAGACAUUGAAAACUAUGUCCAUCGAAUUGGAAGAACAGGAAGAAAAGGCCAAUGGGGUGUUGCUACAACAUUUGUGAACAAGUCAGUUGAUGAAUCUAUAUUGCUGGAUUUAAAGCAUUUACUAAUUGAAGCCAAUCAGAAGGUUCCAGCUUUCUUAGCAACAAUGGAAUCAGAAACAGAAAAAUACUUGGAUAUUUCAGGUGAAGUUGGUUGUUCCUACUGUGGUGGUCUUGGCCAUAGAAUUGCUGACUGUCCUAAACUUCAAGCAAUGCAAACCAAACAAGCCCAGGGUAUUGGACGCAAAGAUUACCUGGCCCAUAACAGUGCAGAUUGGUAAUGGCAUAAAAAACGUUCUGAUUUACCAAAUAAAAUAAUUAAAGAAAAUC